AAACUUUAACAUCAUCACAAGUUUUUUUUUUUUUUUGACAAAGAACAUAUCACAAGUUAACAUCAUCCAAAGUGUAUAAGAACCAAAAGUGAGAAAAAAACAACACAUUCAAUUGCUCUCUCUUCCAUCACUACUCCAAUGUCAAGCACAUGAGAAUCUCUGAUUUUCUUAACAGAAGUCACUCACUGCUACGCAUGCCGCCUACAAAUACCUGUAUAUCGAUUUUCGUGUUUUCUUAACCGCACCCUCCACAUUUACUAUUUCCACCUCCAUAGUUUCAUUUUCACAAUCUCGAUCUGAAUUCUAAACAAGAAACAAAAUGCUUACAUGCAUAGCACGUCCGAAGAAACUCGGCGAUGACUCAGUGAGUAACGAAAACGAUUCAGAAUCAAACAACAAUGCAAAAACCGUUAAAUCGCUGACGUGUCAAAUUAAAGACAUGGCGUUAAAAGCUUCAGGUGUUUACAAAAACUGUAAUCCAUGUGUUCAAGCGAGUCGACUCAGGAACGGUGGUUCUGAAUCGGAAACUGACUCGGAGAAGUUUAGGAGGACGAGAACGUGGGGGAAGGAAAUGGAAGCGAGGUUGAAAGGGAUCUCGAGUGGAGAAGGAACGCCGAGUUCGUCUUCGUCGUCGUUUGGCGGUGGUAGUGGGAGGAGAGUGGUGGUUUUGGAGGAGGAGGAAGGGAAAGAGUGGGUGGCGCAGGUGGAGCCUGGCGUUUUGAUUACUUUUGUGUCGCUUUUACGUGGCGGGAAUGAUCUCAAGCGUAUACGGUUCAGUCGCGAUAUAUUUAACAAAUGGCAAGCUCAAAGAUGGUGGGCAGAGAACUAUGAUAAGGUCAUGGAACUUUACAAUGUUCAAAGGCUUAACCGCCAAGCUUUCCCGCUUCCAACACCAGCAAGAUCUGAAGACGAGAGUUCAAAGCGUGAAUCUAUAGCAGACAGCCCAGUGACACCACCACUGACGAAAGAACAACUAUCACGCAAUUUAUACCGACCAACAGGCAUGGCAAUGGGAUACUCAUCUUCAGAUUCCUUUGAUCAACACUCAAUGCAGUCAAAACAUUAUCAGUAUGACUUAAAUGGUAUGAACUCAACCCCAAAGGUUUCAACCAUUAGUGCUGCAAAGACAGAUAUAUCAUCAAUGGCUGCUUCUAUAAGAAGUAGCUCUUCUAGAGAAGCUGAUCGCUCUGGUGAUUUAUCGAUGAGCAAUGCUAGUGAUCCGGAUAGCGAAUGGGUUGAGGAGGAUGAACCUGGGGUGUACAUUACUAUCAGAUCUUUGCCAGGUGGUAAAAGGGAGAUCAGAAGAGUCAGGUUCAGUCGUGAAAAAUUUGGGGAGAUGCAUGCUAGACUAUGGUGGGAAGAGAAUCGCGCCAGAGUACAUGAGCAAUACUUGUGAAAUCUAUCAAAGGAUCUGCUGCUAAUGGUUUACAAAAAGUGGAGGUGUUGCUUAUUAAUUUUGUUUAAAUUCUAUGUUUUCUAAGUCAAUAGAUAUUGAAUGGUGCUACUUGCACUUCUAUCUUUUUGGGUAUCAUGCGAUCGCUACUAGUUAUUCUCUUCGAUGUGGGCGGUAAAUUUAUUUAGAUUAUAUUAGUUAGAGAUACCGGUGAAUCAAUCAAGCAAUUGUUUUCUUGAAACUUAUGAGUAAUGGUUGUAAAUUAUUAUAUAGUUGUUGAAAUUGGAUACAAA